GAUACUGUUUUUGAUUCUGAUCUUCUGUGUACUCUGGAUGGCAUAUGGCAAGGAGACAUCUCUACAUGGACCCCUCAACAACUCAGUCAACCAGAUCUUCCUCAAGACAAACCAUCCCUUCACCAAUGUCACAACGGUUGAUGAUCUAUGGAACUGGCUCCAGGAAGACAUGGUAGACACCCUCUAUUGGCAGAGAUGGUAUAAUGGUGAUCCCAUUGCUGAAGAUGCGGGUUCAGUGAUGAUCACCGGUGAGAGUAUCCUCCUGGGCAGACCUUCUCUUAGGCAGCUAAGGGUGAGACCGCACACCUGCACCGUACCCCCUGUGAUGCGCCCCAUCGUAGGGGACUGUCUUGGGGGCUACACCAAGAACACUCUCAGUAGAGACCCCUAUGGUCCUGAGGAUAAGUGGGUGUUCCGUACUGCCCAUCAGCUCCUGCGCUACUGCAAGUGGGGCAUGUUCACCAGCUAUGAAGGAGACGGGUAUGCUGUGGACUUCAACAAUACAAGGGAUGAUGCAGAGAAUCUGCUAUGGCAUCUACGUAAUAAUUCCUGGAUUGAUGCACAGACCAGAGCCGUCAUCUUAGAGUUCACCCUCUACAAUGCUCCUUACAAUCUCUUCAGUGCUGUGGCAUUUGUAGCUGAGAUACCCGGUUCUGGUGCAGUGUAUCCAAUGCCUAAGAUUGAGUCUGUUCAACUCUACCGUUAUGAGAAACCCUAUGAUUACUUCAUCAUGGCAUGUGAGCUUCUGUUUGUCCUUCUUGUUGCAUUGAUCUCAAAACAAGAAAUAGUCAAGGUGGUGAAGCAAAAGAGGGCUUACUUCAGAAGUGCCUGGUCAUGGGUUGAGAUGUCACUUAUACUGGUGUCUAUCACAUACUUUGCCAUGUAUGUCUACCGCUUUGCGUAUGUGAGCGAAGCUGGGAGGAGGCUGAAGGCUACCUAUCUGGAGGAAUUUGUUGAUCUCUCCUUCUUAGCUUGGUGGGAUCAGCGUCUUCGGGAUCUGAUUGCGCUUAUCCUCUUUAUUACGACACUCAAGUUCCUUCAUCUUUUGAGAUUCAAUCGUAUGUUUGCCAUGUUUGGUGCCAUCUUUGAGGCCGCCUUAGGACAACUUCUCCUUCAUAUGCUCUGCUACACCAUCCUAGAGACAGCCUUUGCAUGCCUUGGGAACCUUCUGUUCGGAAGCCAUUACUACCCAUUUAGGAACGUAUACCCUGCUUAUGAGGUUAUUAGCUCCCUGAUUGUGGGAUCGGCUCCAGACCACUCCAAGCUCUGGUUUCUCUUCCCAGUCCUCUGGCCGAUGUUCUACAUCAGCUACGUCAUCUGCAUGGUUGUAUUUAUGGCUGGAUUGGUAAAAGCCAUUCUCUGUCACAACUACCGUAAGGUCAAGCACUGUCCGCUUGAAACGGUCAGCGGCCAGGAAGUCAUCAGCUUCUUCUGGCAUCGCUUCCUCUGCUGGUUGGGCAUUAGGGAGGAGAAAGUGGAUGAUAGUGACAGAGACAAGCUACCAAUGGAGUUCACCAUGGCUGAGAUCCAAUACCAGGUUGAUGAGCUUGUGUUCAGGAUGAACGCCAUUCUGCAUCAGAACGGUCUUCCAGACAAACCCAUCGACUAUCUGGAUGAUUCUGAUGCCACGCAGAACUACCAUGAUGAUGGCAUCUCCAGUUAUCCAUCAGAGGAUCAAGAAUUUGACAAUGACAAGUUUGAAGAGCGGGUACAGCGUUUGGAGGAGCAGCUGUACUUUAACAAUCCAGAACUACGAGAGCUUAUGACAUCUCCAGAAGAUGAUGAGCCUGAUAGGCAUAAGGGAUUGAGGGCUAGGCUAGAACUGGAGAUCUUCCGUCAAUUGCAGCUAUCUAGACAGCAGGACGGGUUGGAGAGUGACGAACCUGGUCUUGAUGGCCUCGAUAGGGACAGUGGACAGCUAACAGCCUCGGGAUCAUUGGCUUCUUAUGAUAUUGGAGAGGACAGCGCCCUCUCUUGUGCCGAUCUGAAUAAGGUUGAGGCUGGUCGACAAGCUACGGCAUAUCGAAAGGAUGAUGGACAAGUUGCUUUUCCACAGCCCAUGAAGAAUCUAGGAACUCUGGAAGAAAUAAGAGCUCAAAGAGUGCAGAGCAAGACAAACACGGUAAAGGCCUGGGCAGAUGAUAUUACCAUCCAACAGAUAGAUGAGCCACAUGAGGAAGAAUGCCCUAUGGAAAUGGCACCAACAAAACCACAAUCCAAGAAGAAUCUUCUUAAGAGGUUACCAAGACCGCACACUGCUGCUGUCUUCCCGAUAAGAGACGCUGCCAGACUGUCUGAAGAUGGAGAGGAGAUCCAUAGACCCACUCCAGGGAGGAUUCAGCAUAAGGAUUCCAACACAUCGAAUGCUUCUUCAUCAUCGGCCUAUUCACAUCGCCGGAGUAGUGACGGAAUGGGAGGUUACGGGGGCAGUGAAAGCUCGCACCCAGACACUGGAUCUCGUGAGAGCAGGAAGUCCAGCGGGGUGGAUGGGGUUCAGAGGAGGGGCAGAAAUUGGAAAAUCACUCCGUUUACAAAGCACGGAUGGGAGGGUGUCGAGGAUCUCGGAGAGAGCCAGUCAAGCGAGAGAAGCGGUUGCAGCUCCUACGCGGCCAAUGAAAAACAGGCUUCUCCACCAGCACCAUCGAGGACAAUCUCUCAAGAUUCCCAGGCGUCCCACCAAAAUGGAAGUUCUCGGAAUUACCCCUCUGCAACUGUUAGUGGAGGUGGUAAGCAUAGGAGGAGGGGUGGGGAUGGUAGACCAAGCAUUGAUGAUCUCGUGUCCGAUCACCCUGUUGACUCUGAUCCCAAAGACCACUACCCCAUCGGUCACCACCCGAAUCUGACAGUCAGCAUGGAGAGUUUCCCUCUACCCAACAGCCUUGAGCAUCUUGUGGUCUCUGACAGCACUGACAAUGAGAAGCAGAGUCACCACCCCACUUCCAGCAGAUCCCAUAAGAAAAGGAAGGGUCACGAGGGGGGCAAACCCCAAUCCUCCAGGCUUAGGAAGACCAAGUCGAGGGGUAAAGGAAAAGGGCGAAGUCGGCUUCAGGAUGUUGGCCAUGUGAAUGAAGGCUACAGUUCUGACAGUCACGGUGAAGGAUUUGACGAUGAUGAGCACAUUCCUGUGAUAGAGAUGAGCAAGCCUUCUCUGCCAGGUCAUUACUGAGUUGCAUAAUCUUAUGAGAGACAUUUUAAAAGUGUGAUAGUCAUUUUUUUUCCUAAUCCACACAUGCAAGGAAGUAACCAUGCUAUUGUGAAUGAGUAUUCUAAGAAACCAAAGAGACCUUCAGCAUUCCAUCCAGUUUAAUGAACUUAAUGAUUAAUGCUUCACCGAGGAAUUGAGGUACAUUGACUUCAUGACCAACACAGGAACUUCCCUUUCACUUGGCCAUUAUGUAUUUCAUUAGACCAACCGUAUCAACAGUAUCCAAAUCCAGUUGUACAUCAUUGAUAUCACCUUUAUUUGGACUGUUACAUCCAUUUAUAUCAUAUGGACAUGGAAUGUUAAUAUCUUGUGUUGUGUAUUAAAUGUGGAUAUGUCUAUUGUGUUACAUGUCAUGUGGGUGUACAAACAUGUAUGAUAAUCAGUAUUUGCCAAUUUUAUAAAGAUGUUUCUUAAAAAUGUUAUUAUUGUUAUUUGUCUCUAUUUUGAUACAAAAUUAAAGGAAGGUAGAAUCUUUCCAUAGUACAGUUCUUUCUCAUUUGUGCUAUUUCCUAUGCAAUCAUUUAUGUGCUACAUUUCUUUAAUGGAUCAAUUUUUUAUGAAAACAGACAAUGUAUAUUUUUGUACUUUUAUAUUUGCAAAGUUUAUUACACAUGUGGUAAGCUGCAGAGUAAGUAAACAAUUUUGAGCCAUGCCUUGAUGCUAUGUUAUAUUGCAUAUUCUGUGAGUUUUGAUUAUUGUCUAUGUAUUAUGUCUUUUAUUGAAAUGUCAAUAUCAUGGAUAUAAUUAAAGGAAAAUAAAGACUCGAUUUUUUUGUGGGAAAGGGGGGGGGGCAUGGUACAAAUGUAAUAUUGUUUGCAUAAAGAAGUAUAAAAUGAAUAAACAUUUUCAUAUUUUGAUUGAAUAUAAUUGUGCUUUACAAAUUAUGCUACUUUGCACUUGUAAAAUUAUCAAUAUAUAUACAAGAAUCAGAGCUGUAUGAUUAUGAAAGCCUAUUCCAUGAUUAUUUCAUAAUUUUUUUUAAUUGCUGUCCCCAAUGUAAAUUAAUUCUAUAUUCAUUUAUGAAUGAAAGAUGCUCAUAGUAAUAUUGGCAAUUUUGAUUGGUGAUAUUACUUCUACAACCAUGUGCUCCAUAAGCUUAAGUGCUCAUGAAAAUAUUACAUGUUUGCAUUGUUGGCCUCAACAAUAGAGAUCCAACGCAUAAAAUAGGUCGGCAAUUUCACUUUUACCCUUAAUCAUUCUAAUCUUGAAAACUUAGAGUUUCUAUUGCCCUAUCAUGGAAAUGUAUUACAUCCUAACAGAAUUGAUUGGGAUAUGCAGGUUUUUAUACUUGUAAAAAAAUGUUCAAAUGAUUGUAUGAAUUUAUAUGAGCGAUGUAUUUUUUGUUAACUUAUUGUUUAUUUAACUUGUCUGAGACAACUGGUAAUACUGCUACCAGAGAUUUGGUAUUAAUUUACUUUGUAUGUGGAAUACAAUCAAAUAAACUAUCAAUAUAAUAUUUAAAAAAAUAUGGAAAA